CCUAGUAGUAGUAUCUCAUGCCUGCAGCCAACGUAGAAAACGCCCUGGACUCUGACUCAGUUAUCUCUCUUGACACCCAAAGCGACUCGGAAGACGUCCAAGAUGACUCAGGAAACAUUGUGCUAGUGGGAGCACCCAUAGAACAGAGCAAUCCCUUGGGUCAUGAGGUUACAUUACUGUCCUCUGUUACGCUCAAUCUCGGGCGAAUGCUUGGCGCAGGGAUAUAUUCUGUCCCAGGCGUCACCCUCAAUUCUGUUGGCUCGAUCGGGUUGCUCUUCGUCUUUUGGCUAUUAGCUCCAUUGUUUGCACUUGGCGGUCUCAUGGUCUACAGUGAAUACGCAAGCAUGUUCCCAAAGAGGUCUGGGGCAGAAGUCGUGUACUUGGAACAAGCAUAUCCUCGUCCACAGUUUUUGGUCCCAGUAGCAUUUGCUGUAAAUGCAGUCCUUCUGGACUCUAGCGCAACAAGUUCCAUUGUAUUUGCGCAGUAUGUGCUUGUAAUUUUCGAUGUUCCCAUUACUCCCGCAAGGCAAACUGCCAUUGCCAUAGCGGUUUGCACCGUCGGUAUGGCUUUCGUCGGCCUGUCAACCAAAUGGUCUUUAAGAGCUGUGAACUUUCUUAGUGUGUUAAAGGUCCUUUCUAUUGCCUUCCUAGUCUUCACUGGGGCCCUCGUACUUGGUGGUUUUACUCGCAUACGUGAUCCAUAUGCCAAUUUUCGGUCCCCCUUCAGCGGUAGCACAACCAAUCCAAAUUCCCUGGCUACCGCCCUAGUCAAGACCAGCUUUGCCUUCUCUGGCUGGCACAACGCGUUUAAUGUCCUUGGUGAAGUCCGUACGCGUGAUCCUGUCCGCACAGUACGCAAAGCCGGCCUCCUGUCGCUGCUUUCGGUCACGUGUCUUUUUUUCUUUGCCAAUGUUGCGUACGUGGCAGCAGUGCCAAAGGACGAGAUGAGCAGUUCGGGGCAGCUCAUCGCCGCUCUAUUUUUUCAACGUGUAUUCGGACAGGGUUUCGCAGCCAAAACCCUGCCUAUCAUGGUUGCUUUGAGUUGCUUCGGAAGCAUUCUCGCCGUGACUAUUGGUCAGGCACGCAUAUUGCGUGAGGUUGCCCGUCAAGGGCUGCUUCCGUAUCCAAGAUUUUUUGCGUCGACCAAGCCAUUUGGCACCCCAUUGGCACCUGUGUGUCUGAGGUACUUUCUUACAGUCUUCGUGAUGGUCGCCCUCCCCGCCCAAGAUGCAUUCAACUUCUUGGUGGACUUGGUUUCUUAUCCGGGUCAAGUGUUUACAGCUGCAACUGCUGUAGGAGUGUGGCUUCUUCGCCGACGGCGAUCGCUUGCCGGCCUCGCACCUUCCAAGUAUCGCGCGAGAAAUAUUUACGUUUCCCUUUACCUCCUCGGCGCAGUAUUUAUCCUCAUUAUGGCUUGGGUACCACCAGAACCUGGUCAUGGCGACGUGUCUUUCUGGUACGCAACUUACUGUGUAGUGGGCCUUGGUGUCCUUGCAUUGUGCGGAGUCUACUACUGGCUGUGGAUUGUAUUCUUGCCGUGGUUAGGAGGGUAUACUAUCGUAGAGGAGGUAGAACGAUUAGAUGACGGCGCUUUGGUCGCACGGUUGACACGCAAAUACCACCCUUCAGUUGCAGAAACUGAUAACAGAGAGCAACAGCCACUCCUUGCCAGUACUUAAUGGGCUACUCGAAUACACAUUUGCAGUUAAUCUUCCUUACCGUGUGAUCGCACAUCAGUUGCGUGACCCCGGUGCGAACGGAUCUUCCACACUAAACCAUUUAGAAUGUUAUCGUCAGCGAGCC